GGUGUCCAAUAAUCUUUUACAUUCCCAACCCACCAAAAUAAAAGGUUUAAAAGGGGGAAAUAGAAAAAGCAUGAUAAACUUGAAACUCUCCCCUGUUUCACACUCUCUUUCUCAUAUUUUUACUCCACACAAAGCAAAAGGGAAAGUAAUAUAGUAUCAACAUCAGUGGUUUUGAGAGGAAAAAAGGAAGGGUGAAAUAUGGCUGGUUACAGAGCAGAGGAUGACUAUGACUACCUUUUCAAGGUAGUUUUGAUCGGUGAUUCAGGUGUGGGGAAGUCUAAUUUACUCUCCAGGUUCACCAGGAACGAGUUCAGCCUCGAGUCCAAGUCUACUAUCGGCGUUGAGUUCGCUACUCGUAGUUUGAAUGUGGAUGGCAAGGUCAUUAAAGCUCAGAUUUGGGACACUGCUGGUCAAGAAAGGUACCGUGCAAUAACAAGUGCCUAUUACCGAGGAGCUGUGGGAGCACUCCUUGUGUACGACGUUACACGCCACUCCACAUUCGAAAACGUAGAGAGGUGGCUAAGAGAGUUGAGGGAUCACACAGAUCCCAACAUCGUAGUCAUGCUUGUCGGAAACAAAUCAGAUCUUCGUCACCUCGUGGCUGUCUCAACCGAGGACGGGAAAUCCUUUGCUGAGAAAGAAUCCCUUUACUUCAUGGAAACUUCUGCUCUGGAAGCUACUAACGUGGAAAUUGCAUUUGCUGAAGUUCUUACUCAGAUAUACAACAUCGUUAGCAAGAAAGCUAUGGAGACAAGCGAUGAUGGGGCCGCUUCAGCCGUGCCCUCCAAGGGAGAGAAAAUUGAUGUCGGUAAAGAUGUCUCGGCAAUGAAGAAAGGGGGUUGCUGUUCAAGCUGAUAUGGAUCUGAAAGUCUGGGGUUUGUUCAGCUGCAUUGAUUUCUUUGUAAACCAUUGUUUCGUCACAUAUACGCAAAAAGUGUGCAUUGUGGAGGCCCGAACUUGGCUUGUGAGGUAUUGUCCGCUUUUAACAUAGGUCCGAGUUUAAGUCUCCACAUAUAAUAUCAUGGUAGAUGCUUAAAAUUUCUUGAUAUAGGAUUGGGGUGUUACAUCCAUAAGCUAAAGUGCUAAAGUAGGGGAUUAGCAGAUAAUGGAGAUUGAGUUACUUGUUGGAAAA